CAAAGUUUCGAAAAGAAGAUAAGAUCGGAGAAAGAAUAACGGAGGACAAAUUAUCCAAUAUCACACCAAGAUGACAUACGCUUCCUCUCAGAAUAUAAUGCCAUUUGUGAGUGAGCUUAGAGCUACAGGCCACGGGGAAGUUUGGGAUCAUACAGACGAAAAAAAACUUCAGCAGUUUGGUUGGAGAUGCACGAAUACCGAGAGUUCCUACAACACAAAUACUCUGAUCGGCAACUGGAAUGAACAGCGAUUUGACAUCAAUAGAAUUUCAAAACCAAAACCAAUUCCUUCACAGUAUAAUCACUAUUUUGAAACGACGUAUGGUACUGGAUAUCAUGCAGUUGACAGAAGCAAAGUACCAGAGGCGUUAAAACAUCUUGAAGCAAGAGAACCAAUAGCAUUUCCAGGUCAUCAGCCAGAACUUGAUCCAAAAGUGCUCAAGAAACAGUACAACUCAUUUGUGACAACAUCUAGAGCAGCCUUUGGUGAUCCAACUUCACAGAAAUAAGUCUGAUUAAUUAUGAAAACCAGUGGAAAUCCCAACUUGUGUUACUUUUUGUGCCUCUAUAUAGCCACAAUGCCCCAAAUUUUUGGUUAAGAAAGCAACAAUAUUUUUCACUAAGAAUAAAGAGGCAGACUUAAAUGUCACUCUAUGGUAAUGAAAGGUUCUAACAAUUUUUAAAUAGUGAAAUACAAUUUGUUUUCAAAAUUGACAUCACAUUUUCAAACAAAAGCACAAUGUAUUAAUAUAUUUAGUGCCAAAAAAUAGUUUUGCAAUAUAUUUUGCAUAUUUAUGCUUUCCAACAAUUGUCACAGAAGAGAAAAUAAAACUUUGAAAUUUAAAUAAGACUCAAUGAUAAUUUUGAGUACUUUACUUUUAUGUACACAUGCAAAGUUGUGAUAUUUUAAACCAAACCUCAAAAUAACUGGCCAAAUGAAGAGAGACCACUUUUUAAUAACAGGCUUCAAAAAAUUUCUUUAAACUUGAUUGCAGCACCAAUCCAUAUGAACAAAAUCAUGUUUUGUGUGAGCUUUAAGCAGAAAAUAAGAAGUAUAUCAAUAAACUACAGGGAAUGUUUUGCAUCAAGCACUCUUC